AAUCACUAACUGUGCUUCUCGCAUUUGAUCUCCUCCAUUAUGAUUAUGUUUAUGACGCGAUCUGUCUACUUUCAAAUUAAAUAUCGCGCGAGAAACCGCGAGAGAAAUUAAUCCAAUCAAAUUCACUCUAAAAACAGCUUAUCGAUUUUUGGCCUAUCAAAUGUAAUGUACUUACGGAGUUAUGGUAAACCCAAACAUGAUGAAAUGUCAAACAACGUGUUUACGGUGUUAUUGUAAAAUUUUUCCUUGAAAGACAAUACAAUUAGAAUGAGAGAUACACUAAAAGAAAACACUAAUAAAUUUGUAACUGUUGAAGUGGCAGAGAGACCACAAGUGAAGCCAGAGCAGUGGGUGGAGGCCAGGAACUCAAGUGGAAAAUGGCAUAAACUGAGAUCUAUUCUCUUGGAAUGGAAGAAGUCUCGGAUUAUCGAGAAGUGUGUGUACGUUUUGGCGGUGAUCACCAUUAUAUUUUUGACACAUGCCACAGUGUAUGCCCAGUGGUUGUUGCCGUACUAUUACGCUGUUAGUACCCCCCUACUUAUCCUCAUCAGGGUUAUCAUGUACUGCAAGAACAAGUGGCAAUAUUUUCUACUGGACUUCUGUUACUAUGCCAACAUCCUGUGGUACAUUUUUAUCUGGAUUCCAGGCAGUGGUGAGAUGUUUGCAGUUGUCUUUGCCCUGUCUAACGGACCUCUGAUUUGGGCCAUGGUUGUGUACAGAAAUUCUCUAGUCUUCCACAGUACAGACAAAGUUACCUCAGCAUACAUACACAUUCUGCCUGCUCUGCUUUCAUUUGGGAUCCGGUGGUACAGAGAGGAAGUCUCCCAGUACUGGUUCCAGGAGUUUGUUGUACCAGAGAUGUCAGAGGAGUCCCCUAUCUGGUUACUGCUGGUGCCAUUUGCUUGCUUCUUCAUUCACAGUGGAAUUUAUUUUCUGGUCAUCCAUAUCGUGGCUAAACCUAGUGAGGAGUAUGUCACAAGUUUUAAUUAUCUUGGAAAAAAGCAGGAAAGCUGCCUGUACAAAACAUUCAAUAUUUGUGGUGACAGGUGUCGUCCCUUCAUGUUUUACUUCUUUAACUGGUUGUUCUGUAUCGUCAGUCUAGCGGGCGUCUUUAUCUGGUAUAACUUUUACGUGGCCCACUGUAUAUUCCUUGGUGUUAUGUCCACUGUGCUGAUCAUGAACGGAGGGAAUUAUUACAUCGAUGUGUUCAGUAAAAGAGGAUUCGUUGAGGGGGAAUGUGAAUGACGUUUAUACAAUAUUACUUACCUCUACCGUCAUCUUAUUUAUAUCAUUACCAUACUUAUUAGGA